CGGGGUGGGGGAAAGGGAAUGCACUUCCGGGACGGGGGGAAAGGGAAUGCACUUCCGGGGCGGUGCAGCAAUGGCGGCGACCGUGCGGGGGCAGAGCGACUGGCACCAGGUGCUGAGGAGGAACGAGGGCGAGGCCUGGCUGAGCUGCAGGAGCCCGGGGAAAUCUACUUUGUAUGGUAGCCUGACAUGUCAGGGAGUAGGGUCAGAUGGGAUUCCAGAGAUCUCAGCCUCUGAGGGUUUUGUUGUAAGCGAAAUAACCAAGAAGAGUAUACUCAUUUCCUGCCCUCAUGAAAAUACCUCCACAAAGUUUUUGGCACCAUACACUUCUUUUUGCAGAAUUCAUCAGAAAAGUGUCACCUGCAUUGAUAUCUCCAGUGGCGGAGGGCUUGGCGUGUCUACCAGCACUGAUGGGACCAUGAAAGUCUGGCAGGCUGCUAAUGGAGAGAUAAGAAGACAGUUGGAAGGCCAUGUGUAUGAUGUGAAUUGUUGCAGGUUCUUCCCAUCGGGCCUCGUGGUUCUGAGCGGGGGAAUGGAUGCCCAGCUAAAGAUCUGGUCAGUGGAAGAUGCCAGCUGCGCAGUAACCUUUAAAGGUCACAGAGGAGGAAUCUUGGACACAGCCAUCGUGGAUCGGGGGAGAAAUGUCCUUUCCAGCUCUAGAGAUGGCACCGCUCGCCUCUGGGAUUGUGGGAAGUCUGCUUGCCUAGGAGUGAUUGCUGACUGUGGUUCUCCUGUCAACGGCAUUGCUGUGGGUGUUGCUGACAAUUCUCUCAACUUGGGCACGCCAGAGAGAGCCCCCAGUGAGCGAGAAAUUGGCACAGAAGACAAAAUCCUGCUGUUGGCUCGGGAAGACAAGAAGCUCCAAGGUGUGGGAUUACAGAGCAGGCAGCCGGUGUUUCUCUUUGUUGGCUCUGAUGCCUUCAACUGCUGCACAUUCCUCUCAAGCGUUUAUCUGCUGGCAGGGACUCAGGAUGGAAACAUAUAUCAACUGGAUAUGAGAAACACAACGGCUCCGGUUCAGGUCAUUCACAGAUCAGGAGCACCGGUGCUUUCCCUGCUGCCUUACAGAGAUGGAUUCAUUGCCAGCCAAGGUAGUCCAAGAGAUUUGGUUGUGCCAAUAGUAUUCAUUUUGCAGUCUUGUUCCCUUUAUACCAUUGAUCUCACGGAAGCUGACUGCGACCCUGUGUACAAGGUUGCUGCAUGUGAAAAAGAGAUCUACACAUGCUGUCGAGAUGGGAUAGUGAGGAGAUACCAGCUCUCCAACUGCUGACCUUUCGGGUUAAGGAAAGCAGAGGAACUAAGAACCCAACCCAUGCGUCAAAGUAGCAUUUUCACACAAACGAGCAGCACCACCCUCCUGCAACCAUGCCGCACAUCCAAAAUGCCUCCUGGCUUCAAGAACAUCAGGAUAAAACUCUAAGCAUAGGGCAGUCCAUAGAGUUCUCGAGGACGGGUGUUGUGCUGCUUAUUACACACAGUGUUUAGACUGUAUUUCCCAGUACGUGGCCCCAAAGUGCAAGACCCUUUUCUACCCGCAGUAUAUUUCUGUUCAAUGGGUAAUGGUUAUUUCUAUGAGAAAAUGAUCUGGGGUUGGGGCUCAGGCCCUGGGGUAUUCAAUCAGGCAGUAUGAUUGAAACAAAGGGAGUGACUUUGGAUAACAACUGUCCUGAGAAGCGUGUCUGUUCUUCAAGGAGGGAUUGACUGUGUCUGUUUGAGAGAUUGACUGUGAUGAGCAUGUACAACUCGGUGCUCUUGGCUGCAAGAAGCCUGCUUGCUUUUGUGAAUGGAAUGAGUACGUGGGAGCCUAGAGACCAAGCAGCUACUGCUUCUCACUGCACUUCCAGGGGUCUGAGUUCAAGCCCUGCAUGUGUGCCAAAGAAUGCUGCUGUUCAGUCUAGCGGUGAAAAGGUACCCAGCAAAGGCAAAUCCAGGAGUGGGAGGGGUGCAGUGGAGCGGUCAUACUCCCCCACCUUUCCACAGUGAAGGGCACCUACUGAUGGACCUAUUUCCCCAGGUGCCUGGGUGCCGUGCUGGGUGAGGGGAGCAGGUGAGGAAGGGAGACCCUGCCUACUGCUGUCACCAGCUGACCCAAGGGUGGCUGUCCCCCUUCAGCCAGGGG